CUUGCAACAAAGCAUGCUAGUGCUAGCAAGGAAACGGUAAAACAAAUGGUAGGUGCAACAUUGUCCUUUUGCGACUUUAGCACAAGAGGGUACUGUUUUUAAUACUUUUAUGUGAUCCUAACGUGAAUUAUGUCUUAGUAAACGUUGAUUGAAAGAAACGGUUUCACUAUUGAUGCAAGGUCAACUUUGGUUGGUCCGUUGCUGAGUUGCGUCUCAAUGACGUCAACGCGCGAUAAAAGAGACAAAUGGAGAUCGAAGAGGAUGAAAGACCUUUUUUCUCAUAUAUAUGAGCCAAUUUCCAAACUUGAUCAAUUCAACAAAAAGCAUCAGACCAGCAGAAACGCACGGAGCUCUCACGUUUUCAAGGAUGGGAAAUCUAACGUCUAUCAAAUGCUACUUCACAGAGGAUUCUUUCAACCUGCUUGAAGAACUCCUCAAAACGACUUCUUUAUCAGCGAAGGAGCAACAAAUGGCCACUGCAGAGAAAAUGUUCAUGAGGCAGUUUGUGCUCCUGGCCAUGGAAAACCGAGUCCCACCGUGCCUGUUGCCGAAAGACAUGAAGGCGUGGUUGAUGAAGAAAAGACAAUUCCAGCAAGAGUACAAAGAGAUGGCAAAGAGUGUGGAUCCCAGCAUGCUUCAGAUGAUUCAAGUGGCCUGGACAAUAACACGGAUCCUAAACUUGAAUAAGCUUCAGACGGAAGUCUACAAGGAACUAACGGAAGAGGCACGCCUAUCGCAAUUGCUCAGUAGGAAGGUCACGCUUGAAGGCCUCCGAAAGUUCUGGAUGCUACUGUUGCCUCAAGCCGAACGAGACACCGAGGCUUUCCUCAGCCAACUUUGCAACAAGCUUCUGAGGUUACUGAACAAGACCCAGAUGACCAUGGCAGAAAGACUACAUCUUUGCCCACUGUUCCACAGUGCUACUACUAGGUCCCUGGUGCUGCGUAUAAUAGAAACGGCUCUGAACAAGCUUCUGGAGGAGUUGGAGCCAUCCGCCGAAGAGAAAAGCAUCAGCGCGACUUUGCCGCAAAGAUCUGCCAAUGCCAGCAAGGCCAUCGGCAUGAUGCUGGUCAACGCUCUGGGUCCGAUCCCAGUCUUGCGUCAAUACGUGCCACAAGGUCAACUCUGGUGCUUCUGCAUUGCCGCCGCUUGCGACAUAACCCAGAGCUUGUUCCAAAAGUUUGUUGAGGGCUCUGUAAGCUACGACACCAUGGACUAUGAUGGAACUUUUGUCACUGCACGAAGUAGUGUCCUGAGUGCCAUUGUGCAAAUGGUCUACCUGGAUGAAGAGUAAAACUCUUUAUGCUUCUCCGCCGCUGUUUAAUGCGGAAGAAGGAAUUGAUGGACUUGGAAUUUAUUAGAUAUUUUAUAUUCUCUUUCUUAUUUUUUGUACAUUUGUUUAUUAUUAGUCUUAAUAAAAUGGUCUUGUGUGUUUUUUAAA